AUGGGAGGGUUGGGACAGCUUUCCAAGCUCCCUCCGGAAAUCUUGGACCUGAUCCUUGACUGGCUUUGUCUUCACCACGUCCAUGACCUCCAGGUUUACGUCGGAGAGAGGUCUUUCGAGCCAUACAAGUCGCCCAGCCAUCAGCACGAUGACGUGAGGGCCAGCUUCACCGGACUUGCCAGCCUUUGCCGGGCAUCGAAAUACCUCAACCAGCUCACGACAUGGCGACUCUACCACAGCCUUAUCGAGCAGAAGACCAAUCUGGGGUGGGCGCGGCUUGCGCGGACACUCAUCCGGCGCAAAGAUCUCGCUGCUCUCGUCAGGCAUCUCUUUGUGGAAUUUCAGGAAAAACGCAGCUACCAUUCUUUUCUCCCCCCAGAGGUCAACUCUUAUUUUGCCGAACAGGUCGCGCUGACCCCGGGCGUCGGCCUGAAGGCGGACAGUCUCACCAGGAGCGAGCUGGCGGACACCGCCAGCGAGCCCGCCGCCGCCCUCUUGACCAGCCUCUGUCCCAACCUCUUGACGGCCAAGUUCGCCUCACCGAUGGAUCCGGGCCUUCCUGUUGCUCUUGGCCUUUCCCCUCCGGGGUCGUUGGCAUCUUUGAGAGAUGUCCAAAUAUUGCACUUGGACCCGGAAUUUACAUUCGACCUGUCGGUCUAUACGCGGUUUUUCCGUGCCGCUCCUAAUAUCAGGCUGCUCCGGCUCCUUCAGGUCAUCUGUUCUCAGCCGUUGGAGGAGGGCCUGGGGCUCGAGAACGUGACGGAUCUCGAGCUGCUGAUCAGCUGCAUGGCGGGCGACGACCUUGCCCACAUCCUCCGCCUAUGCCCUAACGUUCAGCGGCUAACGUACGUCUGCGGGCCGUUGUAUGAAGUCGACCAGUUCAAUCCUCGUGAAGCGGUGGCGAUGGUUCUGGAACAUAGUCCGAAGAUACAGAGGUUCGAGUUGGAUCUGGCAGCCCGGCUGGGCUAUGACGACUGGGACGAGGAUGAUAUGCUUGCGGCGAAAGGCGUUCUGGAGAGAAAUCGUGCAGUUGAGUGCGAUUUCAGGCCCGAGCCGGACUCCGACUCCGACUCCGAUUAG